AUGGUGAAGAUCUGCUGCAUCGGCGCAGGGUACGUGGGCGGCCCGACGAUGGCGGUGAUCGCGCUCAAGUGCCCCGAGAUCGAGGUGGUGGUGGUGGACAUCUCCGAGCCCCGCAUCGCCGGGUGGAACAGCGAGCGCCUCCCCAUCUACGAGCCCGGCCUCGACGACGUCGUGAGGCAGUGCCGCGGCCGCAACCUCUCCUUCAGCACGGAUGUGCACCGCCACGUGGCCGACGCGGACAUCGUCUUCGUCUCCGUCAACACCCCCACCAAGACGUGCGGCCUCGGCGCCGGCAAGGCCGCCGACCUCACCUACUGGGAGAGCGCGGCGCGCAUGAUCGCCGACGUCUCCCUGUCCGACAAGAUCGUGGUGGAGAAGUCGACGGUGCCCGUGAAGACGGCGGAGGCCAUCGAGAAGAUCCUGGCCCACAACGGCCGCAGCGGCGUGCGGUACCAGAUCCUGUCCAACCCGGAGUUCCUCGCCGAGGGCACUGCGGUGCGGGACCUCCUCAGCCCCGACCGCGUCCUCAUCGGCGGCCGCGAGACCCCCGAGGGCCGCGCCGCCGUGGCGGCGCUCCGGGACGUGUACGCGCGGUGGGUUCCCGGCGACCGCAUCAUCACCACCAACCUCUGGUCCGCCGAGCUCUCCAAGCUCGCCGCCAACGCCUUCCUGGCGCAGCGCAUCUCCUCCGUGAACGCCAUCUCGGCGCUCUGCGAGGCCACCGGCGCCGACGUCGCCGAGGUGGCGCACUCCGUCGGCAAGGACGCGCGCAUCGGCCCGCGCUUCCUCGCCGCCAGCGUCGGCUUCGGCGGGUCCUGCUUCCAGAAGGACAUCCUCAACCUCGUCUACAUCUGCGAGUGCUACGGCCUCCCCGAGGUCGCCGGCUACUGGCGGGAGGUGAUCCGGAUCAACGACUACCAGAAGUGCCGCUUCGUCAACCGCGUCGUCUCCUCCAUGUUCAACACCGUCGCCGGCAAGAAGGUCGCCGUGCUCGGGUUCGCGUUCAAGAAGGACACCGGGGACACGCGGGAGACGCCGGCGAUCGACGUCUGCAACGGCCUGCUCGGGGACAAGGCGGUGGUCAGCAUCUACGACCCGCAGGUGACCGGGGAGCAGGUGGCGCGGGACCUCGCCAUGAAGAAGUUCGACUGGGACCACCCGCGGCACCUGCAGCCGCUCAGCGCCACCGAGAUGGCCAAGCAGGUCGCCGUGGCGGCGGACGCGUACGAGGCGGCGCGCGACGCGCACGCCGUCUGCAUCCUCACGGAGUGGGACGAGUUCAGGAGCCUGGAUUACAAGCGCAUGUUCGACGCCAUGCACAAGCCGGCCUUCAUCUUCGACGGCCGGAACGUCGUCGACGUCGCCAAGCUCCGGGAGAUCGGGUUCGUCGUCUACUCCAUCGGCAAGCCGCUCGACGAUUGGCUCAAGGACAUGCCAGCAGUCGCGUGAUCGGAUCCGGCGUUCCCAAUCUUUUUCUUCUUCAUUCCCUCCCUCUUUCUAAUCUAAGUUCUACGUUGGCUGAUCGGUUCCCCGGUUUCAUUUUUUUUGUUCUUCAUCAGAACUUACAAGGUACUAGCUCCAGCUCGUAUGCAUUUCGUUGGCUCAUGUAGGGCACAUUCUUUUUUUUUACUUUUCUUUUUUGUACUAACAACUAAUAAGUUUAGCUUUAUUUGUAGUAAGCUAGCUUCCUUUAUUUAUGUGUCAAAUGUUGGCAAAGCAUCGAUCCUGU